AGUCAAGUCUUUUUUUCUUUUCCGUGGAGGGAUUUAGACGUGCGCAAAUCAUGGAGGGCUCAAAAUUGAUCUUGCCAGGAGAUAGCUUCAAUUUUAGACAUGCAAUGGAUGUUUUUACUUUGAUAGCAUUUGUGAGUACUUGUUUUCUAAUCUUCUUGAAAGCCUCCAUGGCAAUUGCCUCCAUUUCUCCAUCUGAGCCUCUCCCCGAUGGAAAGACUUUAAUUUCUAAUGAUGGAAGCUUUGAGUUGGGUUUCUUCAGUCCAGGCAGUUCUGGGAACCGUUACUUGGGAAUUUGGUACAAGGACAUCCCAGGCUGCACAGUUGUUUGGGUUGCAAACAGGGUGAAUCCAAUAAAUGACUCUUCUGGCAUGCUGAUGGUGACAACCACUGGUGAUCUUCAGCUUCUGAGUCAGAACACAACUGUUGUUUGGUCAGCUAACUCAACAAAAGCAGCUCAGAAUCCUAAACUGCGGCUCCUGGGUUCUGGCAAUCUUGUUUUGAUAGAUGGCAGUGAUGAUUCGGAAGCUUACUUGUGGCAAAGCUUUGAUUAUCCAUCUGAUACACUGCUACCAGAGAUGAAACUAGGAUGGGACUUGAGAACUGGCCUUAACCGGCGUCUCUCAGCGUGGAAGAACGCUGAUGAUCCAUCUCCUGGUGACUUGACUUGGGAAAUUGAACGACAAGGCAAUCCUGAGGCUGUGCUGUUGAAAGGCUCAGAGAUACACUUCCGGUUUGGUCCCUGGAAUGGCUUAAGGUUUAGUGGCUCCCCAAGUUUAGGUCCUGAUAACCAAGUUUUCGGUGAUGAAUUUGUCUCCAAUGAAGAGGAGGUCUACUACUUGUUUUUCCUCAAAAACAAGUCUCAGCUCUUAAGGGUUGUUCUGAACCAAACUGACAACACAAGGCGGAGAUACAUAUGGGAUGAAGAAACUCGAACAUGGAAGCUUUUCACAUUAUUACCUAACGACUAUUGUGAUCAAUAUGGACUUUGUGGUGCAUAUGGGAAUUGUGACAGUACUCAAUCUCCAGCUUGCCAAUGUUUUCCAGGAUUCAAGCCUAAAUCACCAGAUGGAUGGAGCUCUGGGGACUGGUCUCAAGGAUGUGUCAGAAACAAGCCAUUGAACUGCCAGGGAGGUGAUGUAUUUAAAAAAUUUAGAGGCUUGAAACUGCCUAAUGCUACCCAUUCAUUGGUAAACAAAACUUUGAGCCUCAAGGAAUGCAAGGAUAAAUGCACCCAAAACUGUUCUUGUAUGGCAUAUACUAGUGCGAAUAUAAGUGGAAGAGCUAGUGGUUGUGCCAUUUGGUUUGGUGAUCUAGUUGACAUGAGACAGUUUCAAUCUGAUGAGCAGGAUCUGUUCAUUAGGAUGUCUGCUUCGGAAUCAGCGUGCACAACUCGUCACAACUCAUCACUCGUCUUUUCACUAGCAUUUAGACAUGCUCAAAUCAUGGAGGCUCAGCAUUUAUCUUGCGAGGAUAGCUUCAAUUUUAGGCAUACAAUGGAUGUUUUUACUUUGAUAGCAUUUGUGAGUACCUGUUUUCUAGUCUUCUUGAAAGCCUCCACAGCAAUUGACUCCAUUUCUCCAUCUGAGCCUCUCCCCAAUGGAAAGACCUUAGUUUCCGAUAAUGGAAACUUUGAGUUGGGUUUCUUCCAUCCAGGCAGUUCUGGGAACCGGUACUUGGGAAUUUGGUACAAGAACAUCCCAGUCAGAACAGUUGUUUGGGUUGCAAACAGGGUGAAUCCAAUAAAUGACUCUUCUGGCAUGCUGAUGGUAACAACCACUGGUCAUCUUCAGCUUCUGAGUCAGAACAUAACUGUUGUUUGGUCAGCUAACUCAAAAAAAGCAGCUCAGAAUCCUAUACUGCAGCUCCUGAAUUCUGGCAAUCUUGUUUUGAUAGAUGGCAGGGAUGGAAAUUCGGGAGCUUACUUGUGGCAAAGCUUUGAUUAUCCAUCUGAUACACUGCUACCGGGGAUGAAACUAGGAUGGGACUUGAGAACUAGCCUUGACAGGCGUCUCUCAGCAUGGAAGAACUCUGAUGAUCCAUCUCCUGGUGACUUCACUUCGGAAAUUGAACUACAAGGCAAUCCUGAGGCGGUGCUCUGGAAAGGCUCAAAGAAAUACUACAGGAAUGGCCCCUGGAAUGGCAUAAGAUUUAGUGGUGCCCCAAUUGUAAGUCCUGAGAACCAAGUUUUCAGUAAUGAAUUUGUCUCCAAUGAAGAGGAGGUCUACUACAUGUUUUCCCUCAAAAACAAGCCUAUGCUCUCAAGGACUGUUCUGAACCAAACUGACUACACAAGACAGAGAUACACAUGGAAUGAAGAAACUCGAACAUGGAAGCUUUACGCAUACCUACCUAACGACAAUUGUGACAAAUAUGGACUUUGUGGUGCAUAUGGGAAUUGUGACAGUACUCAACCUCCACCUUGCCAAUGUUUGAAAGGAUUCAAGCCUAAAUCACCAGAUGGAUGGAGCUCUGGGGAAUGGUCUCAAGGAUGUGUCAGAAACAAGCCAUUGAACUGCCAGGCAAGCGAUGGAUUUAUCCAAUUUGAAAGUUUGGAUAUAAGAGGAAGAGGUAGUGGUUGUGCCAUUUGGUUUGGUGAUCUAGUUGACAUUAGACAGUUUCAAUCUGCUGGGCAGGAUCUGUUCAUUAGGAUGUCUGCUUCGGAAUUAGGUUAUGGUAAGAAGCAAGUAGUGAUUAUUGUCAUCUCUGUAAUGUUGACUGGAAUGGUUUUCAUUGGAUUAUUAUGCUACAUAUGGAUCAAGAAACGGAGGAAGCAAGGAGAAGGUGAAAAUGAGGAGAUGGAGUUACCAAUAUUUGAUUUAACCACUAUGGUGAAAGCAACAGAUAACUUUUCAGGUAACAACAUGCUAGGACAAGGUGGGUUUGGACCUGUUUACAAGGGAAUAUUGGCAGACGGACAAGAAAUAGCAGUUAAGAGGCUUUCAAAAAGCUCCGGGCAAGGAAUGGUAGAGUUCAAAAAUGAAGUUAUACUGAUUGCCAAACUUCAACACCGUAAUCUUGUUAAGCUUCUUGGUUGCUGCAUUCAAGGAGAUGAAAAGAUGUUGAUCUACGAAUAUAUGCCCAACAAAAGUUUGGACUACUUUAUCUUUGAUCAAACAAAAAAGGCAUUGAUAGAUUGGCAGAGGCGGAUGCACAUCAUUGGUGGAAUUGCUCGUGGGCUUCUUUAUCUUCAUCAAGAUUCUAGAUUGAGGAUUAUCCAUAGGGACCUCAAAACAAGUAAUGUCCUGUUAGACAAAGAUAUGAACCCAAAAAUUUCAGACUUUGGUUUGGCUAGAAUGUUUCUGGGAGAUCAAACUGAAGCAAGAACUAAUAGAGUUGUUGGAACUUAUGGUUAUAUGUCUCCUGAGUAUGCGGUAGAUGGACACUUCUCAAUAAAAUCUGAUGUCUUCAGCUUUGGUGUGAUAGUACUCGAGAUCAUAAGUGGGAAAAAGAACAGAGGAUUUCACCACUCGGAUCACUAUCAUAAUCUUCUUGGACAUGUAUGGAGACUAUGGAUCGAAGAAAGAGCAUUGGAAGUAAUGGACACCAUGUUAGGUGACUCUUGCACUGUUUUUAAGGUUCUACGUUGCAUUCAUGUGGCUUUGCUAUGUGUUCAGAAACGACCAGAGGACAGGCCAGAUAUGUCGUCUGUGGUUCUAAUGUUGUGUGGUGAGAAUCCAUUGCCUCAACCAAAACUUCCUGGUUUUUACACCGAAAGGAAUCUACCAGAAGAAGAAGAGGUUUCAUCAAGCCCGUUUGGAUGUGUUUCAGUAAAUGAAAGCUUUGACCAUCCAACUGACACGUUACUACCAGCGAUGAAUCUUGGGUGGUACUUGAGAACUGAUCUUCAUAAACAGCCAUCAGCAUGGAAGAGCCCAGAUGAUCCAUCUCUUGGAGACUUUACUUUGGGGCUAGGACUAAAUAAUUACCCCGAACUUACUAUGCUGAACAUCAAGAAGAGCAUGAUCUUGGAAUGGUCUCAGAUAUUGUGGGAAAUCUGUGACCACCAUGGACAUUGUGGUGUGCAUGAGACUCGUGACAACACUGAGUUGCCACUUUGUCAAUGUUUGACAGGAUUCAAACCUAUAUCACCACAAAACUGGAACUCAGUGGACUGUUCUAAGGAUACAACUUACUCUUGGGUGAACAAAAGCUUGGAUCUCAAGGAACGCAGAAGUAAAUGCUUUCAGAACUGCUCUUGCAUGGCUCUCACACAAUUGGAUAUCAGAGAGAAAGGUAGUGGUUGUGCCAUUUGGUUCGGUGAUCUGAUUGAUUUUAAACAGUUUCAUGAUGGUGGGCAGGAUCUGUGCAUCCUAAUGUCUGGUUCUGAAUCAGAUUCUCAGAUGGAACCAAUAUCAUCACCUCAUCCCUAUCAAUUAGUGAUGGCAGGACCUGAGUUUCUAAAGAUGGAGGUCUUGAACUGGGUUUCUUCAAUCCUGGAAUCUCUAAGGGCCAUUAUUUGGGAAUUUGGCAAUCUUUUUGUUACCAGUCAAAACAAGACUAUUCUUUGGUCAUCAAACUCAAACAGAGAAGCUCAAAAUCUAGUCAUACAACUCUUAGAUUCUGGAAAUCUUGUCCUGAGUGAUGAAAAAGAUGGCAACUCAGAAAUAUUUUUGUGGCAGAGCUUUGACUAUCCAACUGACAUGUUACUACCAGGGAUGAAGCUCGGGUGGGACUUGAGAACUGGUCUUCACUGACAGGAUCUGACAUUACAAUCCAUCCUUGAGGUUAAAUUACAGAGAAUCACAAUAAUUUCAGUUCCUGUUCUUGUAUUUGUUGGCUUGAUUCUUAUCAGCUAUUACUUUUGGGGAACCUGUGCAAAAUUAGAAGGUAAUUUUAUCUGCCUUCAUCAUAUCAUAAUUCCAUUUGCUAGAUCUUUAUUAAACUAUAAAGAAUGAUUACAAAC